AUGGCAGACGAAAAAGCUAUUAGUAAAAUUGAAACUGACACUACUGAAACUAUUGAUCAUGGUAUAAGUGAACUCGUUCGAAUCGUUAAUAACCAUCUUAAUCCCGUUUCUUCAACUGUAAGUUCAACGUCUGGUUCAACACGUACAUAUACUCCACCAUUAAUGGGUACAUCGGCUCGUGCUGCUAAACGUCGAAUUGAUAGUGAUUCUGGACCAAUACGUAUUGAAGGUACAGAUAUAUAUAAUCAACAAUUACAACAUCACUAUCAAAAUGUUCGACAUAUAUUGGAAGAUCAACAACAACAACAAGAAUUGCAUAUUUCAAAUGUUGAUACACCACCUGAUUCUCGACAAUCCUUUAAUGCUAAACGAGACUUUUUCGAACAACGUUUUAAAACACCGCCGCCUACAUAUGAUUCACCACCACGACAACAACAAGCACAAAAAAUAGUUACAACAAUUACGACAACAACAACAGCAGCACCAAAAAUAAAUACUCAUGAUCGUACAAGUUCGUCAUCAAAUGAAUCACCAUCGGUUGAUCGUGUACUUGAACAAGCCGUGGAGUUACAAAAAAUGAGUAAUAUUAAUCCAAAUAAAAAUGAUUCACAAACACCAGUUAUUAUCGAACGUACUGAAGAAUAUCAAGUAUUUUUAGAUUCUUCAAAUCAUGAAGUUCGUCGUACACCAAGUAUUUCACGUACAUCUAUUGUUAAUAUAACUAAAAGUGGUCAUGCAACAGAUCUUGAUCAAGCACAAGCACAAGUUGAACGUCUUACUGAUGAUCAUGAAGCUAUACAACAUUUAACUCGUGUACUACAAGAACAUAAUGUAACAACAAUUAAUGAAUAUAAGCGUUUACCAUCUGUAACAAAUCAAAAUCUUGCUUCAUCAUCACUAACAACAUCACCAUCUGAUGUUCUUAUUGAUCGAACUAAUUUACCAAUAACAAGUGAAUUUGCUGUUAUCGAUGCAUUAGUUUAUAAUCCUAUAGGAACAAUUGAUGGCAAAUAUCAUAAUUUAUUAAAUAAACGUUAUAAUGAUAUUCGAACAAAUUUAGGAAAUCCAGAAUAUAUAAAUUCAUUGAAACAAUCAGCAACAACAACAACAAAAACAAAAACAAAAAAAGAGUCAAAAAAGAAAUCAAAAGAAAAGAAACCGAAGGAAAAAAAAUCCAAGAAAAAAGCAUCAUCAAAAACUGAUACUAUCGAACAAGCCGUAGUUACAUCUGAUGUUAACGCUCCCGAAUCAUUAUUAACUCAAACAACAGAACCAAUUACAACAACGGCAUUAGUCGAACAAACUCCAUUAAUUGAUCCAAAAGAAAAGAAAAAACAAGACAAAGAAAAUAAAAAAGCAUCGAAAACCAAAUCUAAACAAAAAUCAAAAAAUGAAGAUUAUCAAGUCGUUGAUGCCAUUAUCAGUAGUCCAAUAUCACUUCGUCUGCCAGAUCCUUAUCUGGUCAAGUAUAAAGUUAAUCCGCCACUAUCUCCAUCAUCACCUCUCCAAUCUAUUCCAUCAUCAGUAACACCAAAUACGGUUGUAGCAACAACAACAACAACAACGACAACUACAACAGCGACGACAGCGGCUACAACACCAAAAGAUACUACUACUCCUAUAGUAGAAAAAAAUCAGACAUUGUAUCAUCUUGUAAAAAUUGUCAGUGAACUUCAAACACAUCAUGCAGCUGCUUUAAAAGCUGCAUUAAAUACUGUGCCACCACCUACCAUGACUACAACAGCUGAAUCGAAAGAACCAGUCAUUUUAACUAAUCAAUCAGUACCUGUUAUAAAUGAAGUUGUUUAUCAACAACCUUUAUUAAAACAACCAGAUUUAGUAAUUUCGCCUUCUCAUCAAACAGAAACUAAUCUACAAUCUGAAUCAAUAAAACCACGUGUUAUUUAUCGUUAUAUGGAUGAACAAGGACGUAUACUUAAAAUAUCAUCGGUACCACCAUCCGAACUACGUGAACAACCAGCACAAGCAUAUGCAUAUUAUACGACAGAACCACCAUAUUUAUAUGGUAGACAUAUCGCUAUUGAUGAUGAACGUCGUUAUCCAUUACCACAAUAUGAACAACAUGCUACAUGGCAAGGUGAACCUAAAUUACCAACAACAGUAACACGAGAAGAUUUAGAAUUACGUGAUAGACGUGUACCACAAUUAAGUGAACAAUAUGCACCAGGUGGACGAACAAUACCUGUUUCAGUUGAACAUGAACGUUCAUCAAAAAAUUCUUCUCAACAACAAUCACAGCGAAUAUAUCAUUAUCCAAAUCAACAGAAUGUUAAAUUAGCUUGGUUACCACUUUCUUAUCCUGCUGAUCAAGCUAUACCACCAACUGGUGCUGCUGGUUAUGAGACAGAUUCAACAGUUAGUGAACGUUCGGGAACACAUCGUACCUAUGACUAUGUACCAAUUGAUAGUCAUUAUCGUUAUUCUAAUCGACCACCUUAUGAUGAUUAUUAUUAUAAUCGUUCACCAGGUCCAUCCUAUUAUCGACCUCCACCAUCCGUAUAUUAUGGUGGUCGUGGUAUGUCACCUGAAUAUGGUGGUUUAUCUCGUAAUUAUAUUGAAGUAUUUCGUGGUGGUGAUUUUCGUGAAACGAAACCAAGUGAAAUAUAUUCUUUACCAUUGAGUGAACAAAUGCGAACAUCACCAAAUUAUCCAUCAAGUAGUCGUCAUUCACGCUAUGAUCAAUAUCAAUCAGAAAGAUAUGGUACAAUGUCAAAUCGUAAUACUUCUACUCCAUCAUCACCACCAGUUUAUUGUUCUAAUUCUUUACCAAAAUCACGUUAUCAACAUAACAUUCCACCAUCAACUGUACAUGCAUCAACUUAUUAUACACAUCGUAGUCCUUAUCAUCAUCGUACAGUUCAAAGUAGUCCUAAUCCAGAAUGUAAAAGUUAUGUUCGUCAUUCAAAAUCGUUUGAUUAUCGUCCAUUACGUACAAAACUUCAACGUGAAUAUAAAAUAACACCUAAUUUACUUGUUGAUGAAUGGGAUUAUCCACAAACAUCUAAUAAUAUGAAGUAUUCAACAACAACAUCAACUACAAAUCGAAGUGGUGUUUCAUCACCAGAUGAUGUUUUUAUUAAAAAACCAAAUGAACGAUCAAAUGAAUUAUAUGAACGACAUGACUAUGAUCUCUUGGAAUUAAAUCGACAAAAACUUCAAUCUCGAAUAUAUGAUUCUCAACCAAUUUAUAAAGCAUUUGCUUUACAUAAUUUUUAUCCUGAAACUGAUAGAGAAUUACCUUUUAAAAAAGGCGAUACCAUACUUGUUAAACGUCGUAUUAAUGAUGAUUGGCUUGAAGGUGAACAUCAAGGUUUAACGGGAAUAUUUCCUCUUAAUCAUGUUGAAUUAUUUCCAUAUGAAAUAAUUGAACAAGAAAAUCCAAAUGAAAAAGAACAACAAAUAGAAGGUGAAGCUAUUGUUAAAUAUGAUUUUAUACCAGAAAAAACCUACGAGUUACAAUUAAGAAAAGGUGAUAAAGUCAUUCUAUUACGAAAAUUUGAUAAUAAUUGGUAUGAAGGACGACUUAAUCAUGUUGAAGGUAUAUUUCCUGCUGAUUAUGUUGAAACAUUAAGAGAACCAAAGAGUAAAUCCUUAAUGCUAUCGAAUCAAAAUGAACAUACAACAAAUAUCAUUAAAAUGCCAAAAAGUGCAUUAAAAAAUUCUAAUCGAUUACAACAAACAGCAACCGAACAAAUUAAUAUAGUACCAGAAUCACCAAUACCAAUGCAGAAAUGUCAAGUACUUUAUGAUUAUAUACCACAAAAUGUAGAUGAACUUGAAAUUCGUGUUGGAGAUAUAAUUAAUAUUGUUGAAAUGUGUGAUGAUGGAUGGUAUUGUGGAAUAAUGGAAAAAUCAACUCAUGGCAAUAACAUGUCAUUUGGAACAUUUCCAGGCAAUUAUGUUAAAUUAUUACCUGGUUAA